GGAGAGGUGAGUAAGGCGGGUUUUUCCGUUAUUUACAACAGUGAUUGUCUACACUCAGUGCCAGUUGCUCGCGUCUGUGCCGUCUGCGUAGUUCUGCUUCCAUGGCGACUAUCGCCGAGCUGAAGGCCGCUUUGAAGGAGACUCUGGAUUCAAGAGGAGUAUUAGGCCAGCUGAAGGCCCGUAUCAGAGCUGAGGUGUUCAAUGCCCUUGAUGACCAAAGUGAAUCAAAGCCCCCUCUGUCCCACGAGAACCUUCUUGUCAAUGAGCUUAUACGAGAGUAUUUGGAGUUUAACAAAUACAGAUACACGGCGUCUGUGCUGACAGCAGAGUCUGGCCAACCUGAGGUGCCCCUUGACAGACAGUUUAUUUUAAAUGAGCUAAAUGUCACUGAAGAUGCCAGUGCCAGAUCAGUACCUCUCCUUUAUGGAAUGCUUGCCCAUUUCCUCCAAGAAAAGGGAGAGCGAGGAAACCGAAUAUUACUCCGUGGACCAUAUUUGCCACCUACCAGGGAGAAUGCAUCACGCAAGCCAACUGAGAAGAAGCGGGAUGAUGACUAAAGACCACGCCGGAUCAAAUACCAGAGAGCUGCAAACUUAUGGAGGUAGAUGUUAGAAAAUGAGGAGGUGGACUUGACAGUUCUGUGCAUUUUUACUGACCUCUGCCUUUGAAUCAGAUUUUAUGUGCACUUUUAACGUCGGGUAUUCUGGAGUGACGAGAUGAGCGCUACAUUUCUUGGAGAAUUUUACAUUGACUUUUACUAGUGUUUUUUUGCCAAUUCCUUAAUUUAAUUUGAUCUCUGCCCAGCUGCUGAAAAAGUUUUGGCCUUCAGAGUAUACAUUCACAAAAUCUUAUGAAUUUGUACAGGCUUUUGUAAUAUAAUUUUAUUAAAAAAAAAAAAAAAAAGCUUAUUAG